AUGGUACAGAAUCAAAAGACACCUCAACAACACAAUUCCACAUUAUUCAUAUCACCAAUGCUAAAUCGAAAAAAGGAAAUUUUCAAAACACCACCAAAUCCAACAAUAUCAACAUCAAAAUUACAUCAUACUCAACCAAAUAAGAUUUUUGAAACACCAGGAUCAACUUCAAAUAAUGCAAACAACUCAUCACUGUUUUUUAAUCUCGACAAAACAUCAAAUAACUUAAUAAAUAAAAGUGAUGAUUCCCUACCUAAUCAAAAUGAUUUAUAUUUAACCCCCAUUGAAAAAUUGCGGUUAUGGAGACAUGACUCAAUAAUGCAACAUCAACUCAAAACAGCGGAAUUUUUAGGUGAUAAAAUAUUGGAUUUGACCAAUGACUCAAAUGAUGCAUUUUGGUUAGCUCAAGUGUUUUUCAACCAGGGAAAUUACUUGAGAUGUAAAGAGCUAAUACUAUCAAAUGAAGAAUAUUCGAAAAGUAUUAUAUGUAGAUAUCUUGCUGGGUAUAGCCUUAUCAAAUUGGAGUUAUAUGAUGAGGCAUUGGAUAUAAUUGGAGAAAACAACCCAUUCGAAUCAUAUGAUAAAAUUAGAAAUGAUGAUGGAGGAGUUAAAUUAGAAUCAUCAAUGUGUUAUCUUCGAGGAUUAAUAUAUUCAUCCCAAAAUAAUUUUGAACGAGCAAAAGAGUGUUACAAGGAAGCAUUAUUAGUUGAUGUUAAAUGUUAUGAAGCUUUUAAUGAAUUAAUUGUAAAUAAUUUCAUGACACCAAAAGAAGAAUGGGAAUUUAUAACAACUCAAUUAAAUUUCAGAGAAAUGGAUAAUAAUGAUGAAUUGAUAAAGUUAUUAUACACCACAAAAUUGAAUAAGUAUUUGAAUAUUGACAAGUUCAAUGAAGCAGAAAUGAUAUUAAGAGAUGAAUAUGAUUUAUCAAAUAAUAUAGAUUUAAUGAUAAGUAAACUGGACUACCUAUAUAUCCAAUGCGAAUUUGACAACUGCUUACUGGUGUGUGAAAAAAUCUUGGAAAAGGAUAAAUUUAAUUUCAAUAUAUUACCAACUUACUUAAGUUGCCUUUAUGAAUUAGGGGGUAGAAAUAAAUUGUUUUACAAACUGCAUCAAUUGGUUGAAUUCCACUCUAAUCUGGAAUACACUUGGUUAGCUAUAGGUACUUAUUAUUUAUCUAUAAACAAAAUAUUAGAAGCUAGGAAAUUUUUCAAUAAAGCCACAAUAAUAAAUCCAAAUUUUGGACAAGCUUGGAUUGGAUUUGCUCAUACUUUUGCAGCUGAAGGUGAACAUGAACAAGCAAUAUCUGCUUAUGCAUUUGCAUCGAGAUUAUUUCCUGGAACUCACCUCCCAAAUUUAUUCUUGGGUAUGCAACAUUUACAAAUGAAUAAUCUUAAUUUAUCCGAAGAAUACCUUAUGUUAUCUUAUGAAAUAUGUAGUGAAGAUCCAUUAUUACUUAAUGAAAUUGGAGUAUUAUAUUUUCAUAAAAAUCAAUUUGAAAAAUCAGAGUUUUUCUUACAUCAAGCAUUAAUAAAAUCUCAAAAAUUUAAAAACUUAAAUUCAAAAACAUGGAUAUCAAUUAAUACAAAUUUAGGUCAUGUAUAUAGAAAAUCAAAUCAACCGUAUAAAGCACUUGACUGUUUAAAUCAAAUCUUACUUAAAUCGUCAUCAACGUCUACUACAUCUACAUCAAUCACAUCCAACUCCAAGAACGAUUCAAAUAUUUUGACUUCAAUGGGACUCAUAAACUUGAAAUUAGGUAAUUAUUUUGAGGCUAUUGAGAAUUUCAAUGACUCAUUAGCCUUAAAUCCUUUAGACCCAAUAACUAAUGACUUGUUGAAAAGAGCAUUGGAAAUUAACAAAUUAAAUAGUUUUAAAUUUUUGGAAAAAUAUGAAAAAAUUGCAUUAGAUAGUUUAGAUAUAGGUAAUUGA